UAGUUAAUAGAAUGAUAACCUAUUGUCGAACUAGUCUUCCCUCGCUGACCCUAACCCUCUUCUCUGCUUUUGUCUUUCAGCUGCUUAAUUCUCUGGCAACCGAUUUGGACUGCAUGCUGAGCGAGCUCUGCACGACCCCGGAUUCGUACAAGCGAAUCCUCCUCGUGAUGUAUGAGAGACUGCACCUACCAAUAUUCGUGAUGUUACAUGGAACAUUGGAUAUUAUACCGAGCGAUGAAACUGCAAAAGCAAAAUAUGUUAUACCUAUUAAUAAACCUGAAUAAACUGCCAGCCAGAAGUUUGAGAUCGUACACUUAUAGUUAGAAGUAUUCAUGCUUUAAUUAAUUUUAUUUUUAUUUAAUUCGAAAGUAAAUAUAUAUUAUAUUUAGCAUAGUUGUGAUUACCAUAAUUUAAUUUGUUUAAUUUAAAAAAAAAAUAGAUUACAGUCAAGAAGCCUUUAUUCUAAAUCUGAGCUGUGGCCUAUUUCAAUAAAUAGGUGGAAGAAUGUUUUGUUAGAAAAAAUAAAUUACCUUGUAGCUAGAUUACUUAAAUUAGUAAAGAAAUGAUUAAAUAUAAGGGUGGCUGCUUUGACGAAAAAAGUGUCAUCUAAUACUUUCUUCUAGUAUUCUUUUUAUCUUGUAAAAACUUCUUUUUUAAACUGUUAAA